UAAUUUCCCACCUUCCCUCUAUAUAUCCUUUGUAACGCGCACAAGGAAGCUAUUAUAUAUUUCAGUUUUGGUAUAUCUUUUCUUUAUAUACACAUGUCUUGAACAACUCCACAACGAGCAACGACAAGUUAAUUUCCCGACAAGCCGGAAAUGGAUAACCGUCGGUGGAUUCAUAGAAAGACGACCUAUGCGUCUCGUUCCGAAGGUUUACAGGUGACUAGCAUCGAGUGGAAGGCUGUGACUAUGUCAGAAGAAGAAGAAGAUCUCAUUUUUCGGAUGUAUAAACUUGUUGGUGACAGGUGGUCGUUGAUAGCCGGCAGGAUCCCGGGGCGUACGCCGGAGGUGAUAGAGAGGUACUGGCUUAUGAAACACGGCUUCUCUUUUGCAAACUUAUGAAGACAAGUUUAGUUAAUAAACGAUCAGUGAAGUUUGUGUUUCUAUAUCUUCCAAGGAAGACAAAAAUAAAAACAUUCUUAUUUCUUGUUUAAUCGCUCGUGUUUUCAUGAAGUAUAAUUAAAAUUGUAGUUGAAAAUUGUUUAUUAUUAUGACGCACUUUAUGUUUCAGAAGAACUCAGACGUACA